AUGAGCGCAAAACAAGAAGAACUGGUCCUGCCAACACCAAUUGCUGAAAGAAGGAGGCAAACAGACGUCGAUUCUCUGAUUUCAGAGAUCGAUUCUGAUGCCAGGCAAAAACGUGAGGUUGAAAAGAAGAAGGCUGUUGCCAAGAUUUUCGAUCUUUCAUCUCGAUCACUUGUGGAUGACUUCCAGCACCCCACCAAAAAGCGACGGAUCACUUUCGAAUCCUCUUCAACCAGUGUCUCGGCACAUAAUGGCAAGUCAAGCACUCCAGUCAGACUUGGUAUCCGAUGCAUCGACAUUGGCUUCCGCCCUCGAAAUGAAUAUGUUGGUAAAGACAGCUACAGCCUCUCUUCUCCACAUAAAAUUCCCCUUCUAUCAUUCGACGACUGA